GACCUGCCCUCCUUUCUGUGAGACUCGACGUUCUGCGAAGCGUCUGUCGUUUCUAUGGGAGUGAAACAACGCCAGAGACUAAACGGAACCUGAGAAGAAACAGGUUGGGACAAAGAGAAAGCACCUGAAGAUCGUCUCCCAGAACCUUGAAGAGAUACUACGAAGAAGGGGAGAGAGGACAGGGAGCUGUUUAUUUGUCAGUGCCAGUGAGUGCACACUCACACUCACACUCGCACUCACAGAGGGUCAGGCCAGUCCCGUGUUGCACCCUCUCUCUCUGCAGUGAGUAUGGGCCCCUCUGUGGCUCGGACUCUGGGCCUGUGUUUCUGCUCUGUCAGGCAGCCUCUCUUCUAGAAGGAUCUCUUCCCCGCACCCCCUCCUCCAGCGCUGGGUCCCCGAUGCCCCCCCUCGCUGACCCGGCCCAGUGAUGCUCCAGACCAGUAACUACUCGCUGGUGCUGCUGGUGCAGCUCCUGCUGCUCACCUUCGACCUCUUUGUGAACUCCUUCAGUGAGCUGCUGAGAGCCGCCCCCGUCAUACAGCUGGUGCUCUUCAUUAUCCAGGACAUUGCGAUCCUGUUCAAUGUGAUCAUCAUACUGCUGAUGUUCUUCAACACCUUCGUGUUCCAGGUGGGGCUGGUCACCCUGCUGCUGCAGCGCUUCAAAGGGCUGCUCAUCGUGUCUGCCUUCUACCUCGGGCUGAGCAUAGCCUUCCACGUGUGGGUGAUGAACCUGCGCUGGCAGCACUCUGACCGGUACGUGUGGACGGACGGGCUGCAGGCUCUCUUUGUGUUCCAGCGUCUCAUGGCCGUGCUGUACUAUUACUUCUACAAGCACACUGCGGAGUGUCUGGGAGACACGCGGCUCUACGAGGACUCGGCCUGGCUGCGCCAUCAAUUCUCUCGCGGCAGGAUGUGAGGUCAGCGCGUCACUAACUGCACCGUGUCCUGUGUAAGGAAAUGAAGAGACAGCCUGUGAACAGAAAGGGGAUGAGAUUGUCCAGCUUUUCCCUCAGGAGGAGCAAAGAGAGACUGUCCCCUUCAGUGCUGGUCCCAGCGUCAGUGGACCCCUCAACGCGCUCUGUGUGUGUGUGUGUGUGUGUGGAGGGUUUAUUUUUUAUAAUAGAAUAUGGUUGGAUUGGAUAUGCUUGUAUAUCUUUAAGUGCUGAUGGUUUUUUGUAAUGCUUUUGUAUUCAAUUCCCAGUUGUAUAUGAGAAUGUGUGUUUGUUUCUCUCUUGUUUUUCCUACACAACUCGCUGUCAGUCACCUGCUGCUGUUCCACUUUUCCCUGGACAUGACUGUGUAAUUCUGAGCUUCUAUAGUCAUAUGAAGCCACCAGCUUCACUUUGGGCUGCAUGAUUCCACUGCUGGCACAGUGAAGUGACAGGUGGAGUGGGGCUGCUGAUCUCACACCUUCAGUCCAGGCAGCUGGGAUUCUGAGACCGGGUAACGGCAGCCCUGGGCUUCACAGCAUUCAAAACAACUGAAAACUUGAACAGUGGGUUUGUGUUUUUGUUCUGAUUUCACCUAAUUCACAUUGUACACAAUUUUAAUGCAUAGUAAAAAAAAUGACCUGA